AUCAUUUCAUCUAAUUCAUAAGCAGAAAAAAAAAACCUAAAAAGAAAACAAAGAACAAUGGCUAGCAGUGUAAAUGGUGUCGUGUUUGUCGUCAGUUUAAUGAUUGUUUUAUUAAUUUCGACAGGAAUACAAAAUGGAUAUGCUCAAAGAGUUACAACUUAUUGUGAGAAAAUACGAAGCAGGUCAGCACCACAUGACAUUUGUAAGAAAAAAAAUGGCAAUGCGUUGUGCAAAGAGACGUGUUGGAUAAGAGAAACUUAUCAGAAUGGAAGAUGUCUAAUUCUUCCAAAGACGACAAAAUUAGAUUGCUACUGCUACCAUUUCGACGAUGGAUCCAAAUGCUGAGUCUAAAACCCAUAAGCCAUGCAAUCAAUUAAUAUUUAUAACUAUUAUGUGUCUUUUUUUUUUUUAAGAAAUAUUUUUGCGUUUUCAUAUAUACUUUUUUUUUUGGACAAACUAACUUGCUUUCAUUCAUUCAAACAUUUACAAAGAGAAGAAUUUCAAGAAA